AAGAGUAACAAGACUAGUUGCACAAUUUAGAGGAAACAAAAUGUUUUAUUUACCUGAUUGAAGUUUUUUUUUUUUUUUUUUUCUGAAGAGAAAUAAAGUCAUCUCCUGGUUUGCAGGAGUACAAGGUUUGUGGUUUGUCUUUGCUUUUUGUGUCUUAGUUAGUGUGCAUUUUAUUUGGAGAAGUGAAUCCAGCUAUCUCUUCCUUGUACCUUAAUGUCAAUAUGAGUGAUUAGUAGGGUUAUAUAAGGACUUUUCCAUUUGGAAGUAAGUUGGUGCUGGGGCCUACCCUUUUUCCAGGUCUUGACACCUGGCCUAUGGCAGACUUUGAACUGACAAUUAUUCUUAGUCCGUGGAGUGAAAGAAUCAUACUUCUAUAUUCCCAAAGGGCCUGCUGAAAGUUUCCAGAUGGGUCACAUGUUGAAGGAGCUGGGAAGUUUUCCUAUCAGUAAAUAGGUUAGAUGUCAAAAGGAGCCCCCCACAAAUAGGCUGAGAUUAAGUUUAGGUGUAGGGUGUACCCAAAGUUUCAUUAGAGCAAUUGGGAGGAGUUCUAGCCAUUUAUGGAUUUUUUUUUUCCCCAGCACAGCUUGUCUAAGGGUCACUUGAGUGUUUGCUUGGAUUACCCAAUCUUUCCUGAUAACUGGAGCCUCCAUGCAUUGUAGAAAUGGUACUAAAAGAUUCCUCAUCACUGGUUAUAUACUGACCCCUGCUUCAUCCAGAGCAGCUCUCGAAGUUCCUGCGGGAAGGACGGUGAGAGAAUGGAAACAUAAAGAAAUGAGAAAGCUGAGGUCAGGUGAAACCCUCUCUCUAGAAGGGAGCAAAGAAACUGCUCAGUCACUGUAGUGCUUAUUUAAACGUUAGCAGUUUAGUGUCCUGUGACACCCUGUUGCCUAGUAAUCUGCAUCCAUGGCAACCUGAGGGCCAGUGUUCUUGGAAAUGGAACACCUAUUUGCCUGGGGAAUUGUUCUCCUACCAGGCUUGCCUCUUGCCUAUGUGAUCAGUCUCCAGCUUCAGCUGCUGCCUACUAGACCCACUUGGCAUUGGCAGUUUGGAAACUCCAAGUGAGGACCGUAAGCUCUAACUUUUGGGCAGAAAUCCCAGAGGAGAGUUCUCUUGCUUCAGUGACUUGGUAGGACUGUCUGGGAUAACUCAUUCUCCUGAUGGCUCAUUUUAUGAAACUAUUGCCCUUUUCAAAGGUUCAGUUUGUUGUUGUUGAUUUGUCUCAUAUAGGGCUUUGGCUACUAUUAUUAAAAUGGAACAUCCAUAUAUGAGAGAAUCCCUAGAUUUCCAAGAAGGCCCUCAACUGCUCUUUAGUCUUUGGAGGACCCUGAUGGUAAAUUUUAUCUGUCUUCUUUGCUGACAGUUUUCUUUGCCCUGGUGUUAAAAUAUAUCCUGUAUAUGUUAUUUUGUUGAGAAAUCUGAGCCUUAUUUUGGGACACUUUGUAAACCCCUUUUGGUAGAAAAUUGAGAGUGGUGGGACUACAAAUGGGGUCAUCUAUGUAUUGUAAUAAUUUCCCUUUUUAAACUUUAACUGUUACUUUAGGUCACAGGCUAGCACCUGUGCAAACAAGUAGGGGCUAUCUCUGAAACCCUGAGGAAAGACAGUCCAAGUACACUCUUGACAAAACCUUGUUUGGGGAUCCUUAUGGUCAAGUCAAACCACUAUUGUGAGUUCAGAUCCUUGGGGAUACUGAAGGCAUCUUUGAGUUCAAAGAGAACCAGUUAGUAUCUCCUGCAAUCUGUGGUAAAAGGGUGUAUGGGUCUGUUACUAGUGGAUGAAUAGGUACCUUGCUUCAUUGAUUUGUAUGUAAUUUUGUACUAUGUAUAUUCCUAAUAGGUGACUAUGGAAAAAAUGGAUACAUUGCACUCAUAUGCCACCAAUAAUCCGUAGUCAACAAUUUACCAACCGUGGGCCUUAUCCUCUGUGAGGAAGUGACCUUUGAGGAUGUUGCUGUGACCUUCACUGUGGAGGAGUGGGCUCUGCUGGAUUCAUCCCAAAAGAAGUUCUACAGAGAUGUGAUGUGGGAAACCUUUAGCAGUGUGUCUGCUAUAGGAAGAAAUUGGGAUGACAAGCAAAUUGAAGAUGAGUGGCAACAAUACUGGAGGAGAAAUCUAAGAUGUGAAGAGGCAGUGGAAUGCCAUCAACAUAAAUCAUGGCAUCAAGAUGGAGACAUGUGUUUUUGGACUCCACAUUCUAAUGUGAACGUGAAGCUUCCUGGUUUGAAGCCAGCUGAAGAUCUUGUUUGUAGCAAGCCCCUGAUUGGUCAUUCAUUGCUAGGUGUACCCAUCAAGGCUCACACUGCACUUGAAUCAUAUGACUAUGAGAAAUUUGAAGGCAAACUGUCUAACUGUAAUGCACAUGAUUCCCAGCCCCUUCACAGGCAUGUGAAUACACACACUGCAGAGAGACCCUGUGAGCAACGUGGGAAAGUGUCCUUUGACUGCAGUGUAGAAACUCACACUGGACAGGAGUCUGAGUCCCUCAGUAUGCCCACUUAUAUUCACAUCCAUGACGGAAGCCACAGUGGAGUGCACCCCUUUCUAUAUACACAAUGUGGCAAAGCUUUUAAUUCCCAUGACUAUAUUCAAAUACAGGAACAACCUCAUAAUGGAGAAAAACACUAUGUAUGUAAACAGUGUCAGAAAUCCUUUACUAGUAACACUUCAUUUUAUACACAUGAAAGAACUCACUCUAAGGAGAAAUCCUAUGUGUGUAAGCAUUGUGGGAAAGCUUUUGGCAAACCUAGCAAUUGUCGAAUACAUGAAAAAACUCAUAUUGGUGAGAAACCCUAUGUAUGCAAGCAGUGUGGAAAAGCUUUCAGUACACACAAGUAUUGUCAGAUACAUGAGAGAAAUCACACUGGAGAGAAACCUUACAUUUGCAACCAUUGCGGGAAAGCUUUCAAUUUCAAGAGUAAUUGUAAAAUACAUGAAAAAAUUCAUACUGGGGAGAAACCAUAUCUCUGUAAGCAGUGUGGGAAAGCUUUUACCAGACACAGUGAUUGUCAGAUCCAUGAAAAGACUCACACGGGGGAGAAACCCUAUGUAUGUAAGGUAUGUGGGAAAGCUUUUAGGACAUACAAGUACUGCAAAAUACAUGAAAGAAAUCACACUGGAGAGAAACCCUACAUAUGUGAACAGUGUGGAAAAGCAUUCACUUGUAAGAGUUCAAUUUGUACACAUAAAAGAACUCACACUGGGGAGAAGCCCUAUGUAUGUAAGCAAUGUGGGAAAGCAUUUAGUACACACAAAUAUUGCCAAAUACAUGAAAGAAAUCACAGUGGAGAGAAACCCUACAUAUGUGAAGAGUGUGGGAAAGCUUUCAAUUGUAAGAGUUCGUUUUGUAAACAUAAAAGGACGCAUACUGGGGAGAAACCCUAUGUAUGUAAGCAAUGUGGGAAAGCUUUCAGGACACAAAGUGAUUGCCACAUACAUGAAAAAAUCCAUACUGGACAGAAACCCUAUAUAUGCAAGCACUGUGGAAAAGCAUUCAGUAGACACAGUAAUUGUCAAAUACAUGAGAGAAUUCACACUGGAGAGAAACCCUAUGUAUGUAACCACUGUGGGAAAGCUUUCACUGAUAACAGUUCAUUUUGUAAACAUAAGAAGAUACACUGUAGUGAGUCACUGUGUAUGUGAAUGGUGUAGGAAAUCACUCAGUACACAAAAUGGUCAAAUACUUGAAAGACAUGACAUUGUAGAGGAAGCCUGUGUAUUUAAAUGUGGGGAAACAUGAUACAUGUACUGUCUAAUACUCAGUUUAAUCACGUUGGUGACUUUGAAAGCAUUGUGGGAGAACUUUCAGUAUGUGCCAUGUCAAAUUCAUGAAAGAAUUCACACAGGAGAGAAGUCCUAUGUAUCCCUCUAGAACACACAGUUAUCAUCAAAUAAAUAAAAUCACACUGUUGAGAAACCCUAUGUAUAUAAGCAAUGUAGGAAAGCUUUAUGCACACAUAGUCACUGUGAAAUACAUGAAAGAACUCACACUGAAUAGAAAAUCUAUAUGAACAAUGUAGGAAAGCACUAGAGUUCACGGUUAUUGCCACAUAUAUGAAAGAAUUCACACUGGUGAGAAACCCUAUGCAUGUAAGAAAUGUGUGAAAGAAUUUAAUAUGCACUCUGUCAAAAAGUGUGUGCACAUUGUGCAAAAGACUCCUCCAGUAAUCACAGACAUUAAAAAAUACUACAAAAGAAAUUAACUGUUGAGUAUGUAAUGGCACUGUGACAUGAAAGAUUUCCGAGUGGAAAUAAGCCCUUUCUUUCUAAACAAUGGGAAGUCUUUAGUACACACAAGUAUUACAUAAAAGAAUUCAUAAGGAAGGAAAUGUGAACAGUGUACAGAGUUUAUUUUUUCCAAAUGUAUUCAAAUAUAUGAAAGUUCACCUGGAGGAGAAGCUAUAUGUAUAUGGUACAGGUGGGAAAGGAUUUCUUCAGCUUACUUUGAAAUAUGGAGAAACACUGGAUAAAAACCCUAUGUAGAUAAUGUGGGAAAGCCUUUUGUAAUUUUCAUAACUUCAGAAAACCUAAACACACUGAAAGUAAGUACAAAUACAAGUUGAGAUUCUUCACUUUGGCCCGACCUGUCAUGGAAACAUGACAUCAUGUAGUACAGAUGACUUUAUGAAUUGGCAUUUAUGAGAAUAUCUCUGACUAGGUUUUAUUAUAGAAGAAUACAGUAUAGUGAGAAACCAUGAAUGCUUCAAAAGGAUGUACAUAAAUCUUGAGCUGACUUAUAUGUAAAAGUGCAUAUUGAAUGAAAAUCCUCAGUAAAUGCAUAUAUUUCUCAGUUGUAACUCAUCUUCAAAAUCCUUUGAACAUGUCUCACAUAGUGGGAACCUAAAAAGAGUGUUACAUAAAAAACAAUGUCAAUUAUAUGUGUAGAAUAUUUCAUAAAAUACACAAUGAAGUGAUAAGUCAUAUCUUUUGAAUAUAGUGUGUUCAUUAAUAAUUCUUAAAGUAGAUCUUGGAUUAUGUAAGUUUACUUUUAAGAGCAAGUACUGACACACUUCUAUGUGUAAGCAAUAUUGAGGGAAUCGUAAUCAAAUUAGGUGAUACAGUAUUUUGGAUCAUGUUUAAUUCACAGAUGAAUUGCCAUGUAUUUUUGUAUUCCAAUAAGCUGAAUAUUUAUGUAAUUUGUACUAUUUUAAUGAUCGUGGGAAACUUAAUAGGACACUUAAAACUGAAUUUUUAUUAAUGAUUGAAAAUUUCCUGCUAGAUUCUAUUUAUAUUCUUCAUGCAUAUGCUGGUUUUCUUGUUAUAGAGUUUAUAGGAAUGUUAAUUUUUUAUGUGUAUGUUUUAAAUAUUUUUGAAUAUGCAUUUUAGACACUUCAACUGUUUACAAUUUAUAGAUUAGCAAGUAUUUUUUCCACAUUCUGAGAAGAUAUAUGAAUGUAUCCAAGCAGAACUAUCGAUUAUGUGCAGUGUGUAAUUUUCCUGUUUUUUUCUUUGAUGUCCAGAAAUAAUGUCAUGUCUAUACAAUUUUAGGAUUUUUGUACAAAAUAUUUAUUUUUCAUGCUUAUAUACCCAUGGUUUAUUUUGGUAGUGUUACGAUAUCCAGUAGGCUUGUGUUCUAAGUUAUGAUUUUUGUAAUGUCAACAUUAUAAGUAAUCAGAAUCCAUUUUGAAAUGACAUUAUUGUUUCAGAGACAGUCAUGUAUUUCUGUAGGUUCUAUGGCUCCCAUCCUAUAUACAAUUUUCAUCCAGAUUGGCAUCAGAAGCCACUUAGCUCUAAAUACAAAGUAGCAGAAAUGCCCUUCUGGUCUGUGACCAGCAGAACAGCCUUGACACAGUGGCACAAGCAGGCAAUCAGCCUUAUCAAAUGAUGGAUCUAAGGCAUUCACCUAUGGCCAGUGGCUAACAGGAGCUAUUGGUGAGGAAGAGAGAAAGCUGUGCGAAGUUCAGAAGGAGAUAGUUGUACAUGGUCCAGGAACAACACCAGGCUUUCCCUACCAGAGGGGACACAGCAACUGGGAUACUGCCAUAGAGACAAACAUAGUCACAAGAAGCAGACAUCCAAAACACUGUCAGCUGCAGAUCAGUCUGGGUCCCACAUCGAGAGGACAAGAUCAGCUCUUCACCCAGCACAAAUCCUGUGGCAGACAUGGCAAGGCUUACCACUUCUGGGAUCUGACUUGGACACUACCACAGAACUGUUUCAUUUUCUUUGUUUUGUUUUCUAGGGCUUUCUUUUGACUAAUUAGGUUUCUUACAUCUAUAUUUUGUUCUAUUCGCCUUUCUCUCUUCCCUCAACUAGCUCUCUUGGUUUUAUAAUACUUUCAUAUGAAUGAACACUGUCUCUUUGUUUCCUGGUUCACUUUGCUUUCUCUUUCAUUUCUCCUCUUCUGUGCUUUUCUUAAGCCUGCCAAAACUUGAAUUAUCAUCCUUAGCUCCUUAUCAACCUUGCUCCUACUGUGUUUCUCUGCAUUCAUUUCUGUUUUCCAACCUGUAUCUAUUAAACACCAUCCAAACAUGGUAAAAUUAAACUAUAAAGGUAAAUCAUUGCAUACAAAUUCCUGGUAUAUGCUGAAUUUUGUUAUACAACUAUAGAGUUAAAGGUACCAAAUUAAUAGUCACACAGUUUUUCAGUUGCUAGGUUGUGACUGAUGUUACUGUUAUUGCUAAUUGUACUACCUUGACCAGGGUUUCAUACAUAUUGUAGCCAGUUUUUCUUCCCCACAUGAAGACACUGAUUAUCUGGGUUCAUAAUCAUCACAAAAAGCCAGUAUCAAAGGAUGGGGUGCUGAGCCAAAUAAAUAUCAACUUGUCAUCCUUAAUUAGGAAGGUAGGUUCUUUGCAUAGACAUAAAGACCACGUACCACCUACACCUAGAAGACAUCUCUGAGGAAUAGACAUUCCCUAGGGAAGCCUCCAUACAAAGGAUAAAGCUGUCUGCCACAAGAAAACUGCAAACGUCAACACAGUAAAAAAAAAAAAAAAAAAGAAUGACAAGACAUGGAAACAAAAUGUCAAACCACCAGAUGUCCAGCCCACACAGGAAAAGUGCAGAGCACAGUGAGAUAGAAGAAACUGUAGGUCACAUACUGAAUCAUUUGGAAAUGAUUGUAGCAGAAGUGAGAAAAAAUGGAUGUGACUACAGAAAAAAUAAUUUCAAAAAGAAGUGACAAAAACAAAAGAUGUGCUCAAUAAGUUUAGAGUAGACACAUAAAUAAAAUAGAGGAGCAUAGGAAAAUGAUAGAAACCAUGAACGUCCAACAUAGGAAAGAAAUGGGAGCCAUGAAACAGAUCCAGAGAGAUUGCAUGAGUGUAAAAAUUUCAUUGAAAUUCUGUGCAAUAGAUUGAAUAAAGGCAGAGCUAGAAUGUCAAAUCUACAAGGCAGAGUUGCAUUUACCAACCAUGAAAAGAAAGAUGUCUUAAAAAUAGCAGAGGACCAUGAAAAAUUGGCCCAACAGCUGUAAAGAUGAAGUAAAGAACAACAUAGAACUUACAGAAGUUAAUGAAAAAAGCCAGAGAUAGUGAAAACACCAUAAAAUACCUCUUCAUAGAAGUAAUGACAGAAAACAUCCCAAAGAUAAAGGAUUUUACAUACAAAUAAGUGAGACAUAACUCCAAGUAGGAAUGACAAAAUAAAUCUGCACCAAAGCAUAUAAGAUUCCAAAAAUUCAUUGCAGGAAUGGAAUUAUUAAAAGUGGUUAGAGAAAAGAAACAAGUGCUCUAUAAAGCAAAAUCAGUAGAAUCAUAGUAGCCUUUGCAGCACAAACCCUAUAGUCGAGGAGAACUUGAAGUAUUUUAGGAUCUAAAAGAAAACCACCUCCAACCCAGAUUCAUGUACCCUGAAAAAAAUACCUUUAAAAAAUCAAUGGAAAAUAAAGAUACUUUCAUGACAAAGACUAACUGCAGAAAUUCAUGACCACCGGGGCUGGGAAUUUAGCUCAGCGGCAUAAGCACCUGCCUUGCAAGCAGGCAGUCGUGAGUUCGAUCCCUGGUACCGAUAAAAACGAAAAAGACAAAAAAAGAAGAAAAAAAAUUCAUGACCACCAAAACAGCUUUUCCAACUGAUCUGGAGGAUGUAUUAGGAGAAAAAAUUGAAGACCGCUAUUCAAAGAAUACCAAUAGAAGACACCACACAGGACAAACAAUUAAAGAGGGGGAAAUAUAGAGUAUCAACAAUAGGAAAAUAAUAGAAGGCUAAGUCAAUGCAUGUUAAUUAUAACCAUCAUUGUAAAUGGUCUCAAUUCACCAAUCCUCCCUCCCCAAAAAGGUUGGCAGAAUGGACCAGGAAACAAGAUCCAACAAUAUGCUGCAUAAAAGAAGCACAUUUAAUUCAAAAGCAAUUCAUAGAAAGUAAAAACAAAACUCCAUGCCACAGGAAUCCAGAAAAAAUGCAAGGUUAGCUAUUCUAUUUUCAGAUAAAGUGGACUUUAAGCCAAGAAUGAUCAAAAGAGAGAAAGAAGGUCACUACAUACUUGCUAAGGAAAAAACUCCAAGAAGAAGAGAUUACAAUCAUAAAUAUAUCUGCAUCGAAAACUGGUGUACCCGACUACAUAUUCCAAUUUUCUGUAGGAUUUUUUUCAUGAAUGAGGUGUUAGACUUUGUAAAAUGCUUUUUCUACAUCUAUUCUCAUGAACAUAUGAUUUUUGUCUUUGGCUUUGUCGAUAUGGGUAUAUUACAUUUAUUGAUUUGUGUACAUUGAACCAUCCCUGCACUGAUGGGAUUCUACUUUCAUGGUGAAUAAUCCUGAUAGUAUAAUGUAUUAUGUUUGCCAGUAUCUUACUGAGAAUUUUAGCAUCUAUAUUCAUUUAGGAGAUUGACCUGUAGUCUUCUUUUUUUGGUGGAUCCUGCUCUGAUUUGGAUAUCAGGGUACCAUUUGCUUCCAGGAAUGGCCUUGACAGUAUUGCUGCCUUUUCAAUAUCAUCACUAGUAGCUUAGAUCUCUAAAUUUUUUUUGUAGAAUUCUCUAAAUUUUUUUUGUAGAAUUCAGAAAUGAAUCUGUCAGGACCUGGGCUUUUCUUUUUUGAUAACUUUUAAAUUACAUUUUCAAUUUUACUGACUAUCCUUGAGGUAUUUAGAAUUUUUAAAUCUUGCUUCAGUUUCACCAACUCAUAUGUAUCUAGAAAUAUAUCAAUUUUGUCUGUUUUCCAUCUUAUUAAAGUACAAUUUCUCAAAA